AUGGAGAAGCAAACUGUAGUGUCGGAGAAGAAAUCAUGUUUAGUAGACAUGAAACGACGAUUCGACGAUGAACUCUCCAAAAUUCGGGUUAAUGCUGCAAGAAACAGUUUUUUCUUAACCGAAACUACUUACCAGAAGUUAAUAAAUGAUGUACAGAAAGCUAAAGUAGCUACUAAGAAAGAACCAAGGGACUAUAAGUUGCUGAAUCGUUAUGAUGUGAUAACCGUAGAAACAAAAAAUAAACUUAUUUAUCCUAUUAAAGAAGGUUUCAGUACUAUACAGUAUUACGUCACGGAUUCAGAGUUAUUUCACGUACUUCAUGAAGCUCAUUUGGCUAUUGGACAUGGAGGACGUGAUAGAAUGAUGAAAGAACUUUCAACCAAAUACAAAAACGUUACACGUCACGAUGUUGAACUGUACAUCCACCUUUGUGAACCUUGCCAGAAAAAACAGAAAGGUAUUAAAAGAGGCAUUGUUGUGAAAUCUCCUCUGAUUUGUUCCGAGUUUAAUUCCCGUUGUCAGGUAGAUCUUAUUGACUUUCAGUCUCAGCCAGAUAGAGAAUACAAAUUUAUUAUGGUGUACCAAGAUCAUCUCACAAAAUUUGUGAUUCUUAAGUCUCUAACGUCAACAAAAGUUGAAGAAGUAGCCAAUAACCUAGUGGACAUAUUCUUGUUGCUUGGAGCGCCAUCAAUAUUACAGUCUGACAAUGGUAGAGAAUUUACCAAUAAUGUGGUAAUCAGCUUGAAGGAGUUUUGGCCAGCAUUGAAGAUCGUCCAUGGCGAGCCUUGCCAUUCACUAAGCCAGGGUAAUGUCAAAAAAGCUAAUCAAGAUAUCAUAAAUAUGCUCUGUACUUGGAUGCAGGACAACAAAUCUGGCCAAUGGAGUGAAGGACUGCGUUUCGUUCAAUUUAUGAAAAAUAGAGCUUAUCAUUUUGGGAUCAAAAAAACACCAUACGAAGCUCUUUUUGGCUGUAAAUCAAAAAUGGGGCUUACAACGUCUUCUCUACCAGAAGAUGUUUUAAAAGGCAUAAAUACAGAGGAACAGUUAGAAAAAGUAAUAGAAAGCAUCCAAACAAUGGAAAAAGGUGAAACUAAUCAGAUUAUACAAAAAAAAGAGACUAUUUUAGAAAACAUGGAAGAGAUUAAUGUCGAUAACCAACAUGAUGAAGUCAUGAUUACCGAAGAGAUUUCCGUUUCUGAUACCUGUUAUAUGUGUUUAAAGGAAACGAAUGAUGUACUUGCAUGCAAAAAGUGUCGUCAAAAAAUUCAUACCUUUUGUGGUCAUGCUAGUAAAGAUAAUGAAAAGGAUACUUUGUGCCCCCUUUGUUUCACAAUUGAAAAUGCUAAUGAAGAUAAAAUAGAUUCUAAAAUCAAAGUGGAAGUAGAAGCAAAAAAAAUGAAAAUGAAUUAA